ACGUCCCAAGGAUCCCAGAUAGCAAAGAUAAGAGAGAAAGAGGCGACGCCUGUUGUUUCUGCUGCCUAAUGAGGAAAAAGUCAAUAUUGAAAUGGCGUCAGUCACGGCUCGUGGUAUGACCCUUUGCAUCUUGGCGCUGUUAAACUUUGUCUUCGUUUUUAUAACCGGUGCAGACUUUGUUCGUUUUAUCUCAUUUCGAGCGAUAUAUCAUAACAUCACUGGAGAGUCGCCACUGUGUCAAGGUAUGUUUCCUGAUUCUUUGGCAGAGGGUUGUGUGUUCAUCAGAAAAAGUAGCAAAUUCUGGUCUCAAACUAUACAAAAGGUUCACAGCUGUUGCAAUUUCCGGAGACAUUGUUACAGUAGCAAGUUAGAAUGUUUUUCGAAUGUUUCAUUCAUCUCAAGAAAUUAUUUUGGAACUGGAAAAAAGUCGAAAGUACUGCAGUCGAAACCGUACGCUGUGCGCGAGAUGUGAUGUGCAUGUGCAAACCAAUGUUAGCUGAACAAGGCCCGGUAUCCCAAAAGGAUCUUAAGGCUAUGUUCAUCGUUAGAACCAAUGCUUUUGGGAAACAGGGCCCAGCCUGACUAACAAGAUCAUUUCAACAUGGGAAUUCAUCAUUAUACUUUGCUCAAAUACUUUGUAGUUGUCUUCCACUGAUAAUCAACAACACCUAACCUACCACGCCAUAUCCUUAUCUCUCUGUCCAUAUUUCUAUACUUUAUAUAGACUCUGUACCAUGGUCUGUAGCCUUGCGGGACAGCUCUGUUCUCAAGUCUGUGGUUGUGGAUCUGGGGCUUCUGGGGCUUUUUACUGUCCAGCACAGUCUAUUGGCCUGGGCUCCAGUCAAGCAGGCCUGCCAGUCUGUCCUGGGGGUAUUGAACCGGGCCAUGUACUGCUCCACCACCGCUCUGGCUCUCCAGGUAACACACACACACACUUUCAUUUAUGCAAUCUUAUGGUCUUAAAAAAGGGAGAAUUAUGAGAGACAAUUCUACAUUUGAAUACCCCUUUUGCUGUCCUACUUGACUGUCUUGUCCCUGUUAUAGAUAUUGAUGCAUUACUGGCAGCCUGUGACGGAUGCUCCCUGUCUGUGGUCAGUACGUAAUGCCCCAUGGAAUACCUGGUUCCCACUGCUCUGUUUCACCCUGCACUUCCUCUGCUGGUCCAUCAUCUGCAGUAUACUGCUGAUCUUUGACUAUCCUGAACUACUGGGCAUCAAGCAGGUAAAGUAAACCCAUGCAGAGUAAGAUUGCAGUCACGUGUUUGCGAUCAGAGGACUACUAGUUUGAGGCCAGUAAGGGGACAGGGACAGUGGAGGAAAUGAUACUGUUCACUUUGACACUGGUUACACCGAAGCAUUUUCAUGCAUCACAUUGUAUUAGGCCUACAAUUAAAAAAAUCUGCAUGAAUUCUCUCUUUGAUGUGAUACCAAAGCUGAAAUUACCCUGAUAAAAUUAUUCAUUUGUCAGCAAUUGAAUGAUUAAGAAUAUCCUUCUGAUUUAAAUAUAAAUAACUGGUUUAAUAUCUGCAAUAAGUAAUUUUUCCCUUUCUCCCGGUCUCCCUCCAUCCUCCCUCUUCCAUCCCUCUCAGGUUUAUUAUGAGUGUCUUGGUUUGGGAGACCCUCUGGCUCUCAAGUCCCCCCGGGCUCAGCGUCUCUUUGCCCACCUGCGUCACCCAGUGUGUGUGGAGCUGGCUGUGGUGCUGUGGCUCCUCCCUGCACUGCCCCUGGACAGGCUGCUGCUGGCGGGGAGUCUUUCGGCCUACCUGGCCCUGGCUCACUCCCUGGAUACACAGGACUGUGCCUACCUCAGUGUCCAGCUGCAUAGCAAACUGCGUCUCUUCUCUUUGCCACAGGAGGGCACUGCUCAGAACAAUAACAACCACAAGGAAGAGUGAAUUGAAGUCAUGGGUGUUAAAAGCUAGGUUUCCAUCCAAUUGCCGAUACAUAAGAAUAUUCUAAAAUCCACAUAAAAACAAUAUGCACAUUUUC